AUUGAUUUCUUCUUCUUGGCUUUCUUGAUUAGAAUUGCGAAAGUUUUCUAUGAUAGAAUGACGAGUGUUCUUGGAAUAUCUCAUUAGGAAGAUGAGAAGGCAGGAGGAAGAGGACGAGAUAAAAUACCUUGCAUUUGCGAUUCGCACAGAGGCAUUCCUGACCAUCAGCUGUGGAGUGAUUCGAGAGUCGUUGUUGAAAUCUCUCUUGUCUAGUUCCACCAACUUCCAACUCUUGUGUGUGUGUCAGAUUCCCCCCGCCAACAGUCGUCAGUCGUCAUUCCCAUCUGUAAAAGGAAAAACAAGAGCCCUUGCUGCCAUAAAACACGAAUUGUAUGAGUACUCUAGCGCGAAUCGAACCCUUCCUAUAAAAACUCCGCCUGAAUGGCCAAAAGGAACGCGUUUCUUUUAAUUGAUUGGUUGCGUUACUAGUGCAAUGGCAUAGUCAUGUAAUUGUGUACUGUGCCAUUGUACAGUCACUAAACCACUCUAAU